GCAGGCGCGGAGGGAGGGCCGGCCGGGCCCGGCGUCGCCAUGGGCUCCUGAGGCCUCCGCGCCCCCGCGCCGGUGCCGGCGCCGCCCGCGGGGCAGCGGGCAGGGCCCGACCCGACCCCUCCUCGCCCCACCGGGCUGGGCCGCGCCCGCCCGCCCGCUGCAUGGUCUUGGCUCCUGGGCAGCUCUUUAGCAAUCCCGACUGGAACCUCACACCAAAAGGCAACAUGAUUAUGAUGACUGAUGUUACUGCAGCCCCCAGAUUGGGGUCAGCUGCCACCACUCCAGCUGUGGCUCCUAACUUCUCUUGGAUGCCAGAGGAUGGCAGCCCCACGGCUGUGGAGCAGCCAAUAUUCCUCAUGACCACUGCUGCUCAGGCUAUCUCAGGUUUCUUUGUAUGGACAGCUUUGCUCAUCACCUGCCAUCAGAUCUACAUGCAUCUGCGCUGCUACAGCUGCCCAAACGAACAGCGCUACAUCGUUCGGAUCCUCUUCAUCGUGCCCAUUUAUGCCUUUGACUCAUGGCUCAGUCUCCUGUUCUUCACCAAUGACCAGUACUAUGUUUACUUUGGCACAGUGCGGGACUGCUAUGAAGCCUUUGUAAUAUACAACUUUCUCAGCCUCUGCUAUGAGUACUUGGGAGGGGAGAGCUCCAUCAUGUCUGAGAUCAGAGGGAAACCAAUUGAGUCCAGCUGUGUGUAUGGGACUUGCUGCCUGUGGGGAAAGACAUAUUCAAUUGGAUUCCUGAGAUUCUGCAAACAGGCUACCCUGCAGUUCUGUGUGGUGAAGCCCCUUAUGGCGAUCAGCACAGUCAUCCUUCAGGCCUUCGGCAAGUACCAGGAUGGUGACUUUGAUGUAACCAGUGGCUACCUCUAUGUGACGAUCAUCUACAACAUCUCUGUCAGCCUGGCACUGUAUGCCCUCUUCCUUUUCUACUUUGCCACACGUGAGCUGCUCAGUCCCUAUAGCCCAGUCCUCAAGUUCUUCAUGGUGAAGUCUGUCAUCUUCCUGUCCUUCUGGCAAGGUAUGCUGUUGGCCAUUUUGGAAAAGUGUGGUGCCAUCCCCAAAAUCCACUCUGCUAAUGUGUCUGUGGGUGAAGGCACAGUAGCUGCUGGCUAUCAAGACUUCAUCAUUUGUGUGGAGAUGUUCUUUGCAGCCAUUGCCCUGCGCCAUGCCUUCACAUACAAGGUGUAUGUGGACAAGAGAAUUGAUGCCCAAGGUCGCUGCGCUCCCAUGAAGAGCAUCUCCAGCAGCCUCAAGGAGACCAUGAAUCCCCAUGACAUUGUCCAAGAUGCCAUCCACAACUUCUCUCCAGCCUACCAGCAGUAUACCCAGCAGUCCACACUGGAGCACGGUCCCCCCUGGCGCAAUGGCAGCCACGUGAUCUCGCGCUCCCACAGCUGCUCCGGUGCCCGUGACAACGAGAAGACCCUCUUGCUGAGCUCCGAUGAUGAAUUCUAGGAGGGGAAACUGCCAGCACAUGCUGUCAUUUUCCUUCUAUUUUUUUUUUUUUUUAAAUAAUUUAUUAAUGCAGAAACACAAAAGUCAUAUCACUUCCUAGAGAGUAAAGAUUGCAGAAGUGGGCACUUCCCAUUAGCUUUUGUGGGUAUGGACGUGAUGAGGAAUGCAGAGGUGGCAGAAUGGCCAGGACUUCGUGCUCGAGCCCAUUCCUUACAGCAGCAAUCAAAUUGAAUUGAUUCAAGCAAAGCUCCAGGGUCUGGGGCUCUGGCUUCCCACACCUGCCCAGCUUGGUGUGGGGUGUGACUGGCUGGAGCCUAGAGUUGUAACCAAAAAUGUUUUUGGUUUUUUUCUAGCAGGACAACCUGACUGCUUUCUAUUUCUUUUCCUGAAAGGUUGAUGUAGGCACAGUUUUCUCCCCAACUCCCUGGUACUAACAUCUCUGCGAUCCUUGGGAAAUAGGAUGGGGAUGCAGCCAUAAGUGUUCCUGAGGACCAGACCUGAGACUGGUCUUUCUAUAUAGCCAUUGCCUUUAGUGCUAAGUAAGGAACAUCUGUCCCCACCUUCCUGAGCACCUGGUUAUGAGUCCUUGAGUCACUUGAGGGAGUGAAGGGGAAAAGAACAGCUCCCUGCAUCCCCAAUUGCUAUAAAAGCUUGUUGAAGCUUAGUGGGGAUGGAACUGCUUUUUCACAAGGGUGGAGUUUUUUAAUCACCAGGUGUCCAAGCUUCUCAUCUUCCUGGCGUUCCUGUGGCAGGAAGCCUCCCUGGAGCAUCUGUCUCCUACUAACAAGACUGAGGACUGGCUAUGAUAGAUGGUGGAAAUUUGUAGAGCUCUGACCCCUUCACCCCUCUUUGGGAAGGGAAGAUAUGUAAACACAAAACCAGUUUUUCUUCUUAUUUCCUGUCCCCCAGCAUCACAUCUGUCCCUGUUAGAGGUAGCUGCCAGAGCAGAUCCUGGUCUCUCACAGGUGUAGCUCUCCCCAUGCUCAUCAUCACUGACUUUCCCCAAGCUACACAAGUUUCACCCUUAGGCAAGAAUAUUCAGGAAGGAAUGUUGCACACUCCUUUGUUUUUUUAUCUCUGUAGCUGUUCUGGGGCAGGCUGAAGCAGACUUGAAACCUGACAUGACCUGGCUGGUCAGAUUUGUCGCUUUUAUUUUCUCAGGCAGCAAUUGCUGCUGCUGCUGCUGCUGCACAUUUCACAGGCUCUGCUGCACCUGCAGUGCUAUCAAGGGUGGAACCAGCAUUUAUGGAAGUGGGAGAAGCUUCCCCUUGCUUCUCUUGGGUUUUGGAUGAACCCGUGCGUACUUAGUGAAGCCAAAAUGAAAAUGAUUCCUCUGUAGAUCUAUCCAGAGACUAGGAAAUACCUCUUGCUUGCUUAAAAUUAUCUAGGAGAGAAGUGGGUAGCACACUCAAGUGCUACAGCUCAGAUACUCCUACCUGCAAGCAGGAAGCAAAAUUGAGAGUGGAGCAAGCUACUGUGUUCAGCUGUAGUUUCUCUGUUCCUCUCCUGCUUCACACCUCCCCCUGCCAAGAGCAGACCUGUGUGAUUCUGGAUUGUUCCUUGCUGUUCUGCUAGGAGAACUGGAGUCUGGUUUGCUGCCUGGAGUUUACCUUUCCAUUUGUUUCCUAAUCCAUCUGCUUGUUCACUCAGUGUCUCAGAAGCAACAGUGAGUGAAGAGCACCUCAUUUUUUCAGCACCUCUGCCCAAGCUGGGCAAAAGGGCUUGAAGAGAGGCAGGUUUGCUCCCUGCUGAGGAUGAGAUAGGGAAAAGAUUAAGAAUAGUGCCUCCUCCUGUACUGAUGUUUCUGGGGGAUGGUGAAGCAUGUGAGAGCAACGGUACUGCUGAGGGAGCUGGAGGCAGGGUCAGUGUAUCCAGCAGCUUCUCUGCUGCUUGAUUUUCCCAUUCACACACAUCCUGCAGUGCCAUGCAGUUGGUAACUAAUUUUCCUGAGUUUGUGACUGCUUAAUUAAACAUGCAAACACACUUUGCCAGGCUUUGUGUGGGCUUGGUGUGUAAUGGUUUCAAGUAUAACUCUUUUGCACCAGCUGCCUUUGGAGGAGCCUGGUGAGCUAGUACCCAAAAAGCCAGCUGCCCUACUUUAUAAUUUUUUAUAUAUAUAUAUGUUUUUUAAUACCACACGAAAUCAUCCAUGACUAAGCUUCCUGCUCUCCCUCAUGACCAGCAAGGACCAGAGCAAGCACUGGCUCUGAAGCUGCUUUGUGUUGGAGGAACAAAUAUGAGAUGCAGAGCUUGAGACCAAGAAGGCCAAGGCAUCCAUGGUCUUGUAGGUCUGCUCAUGGUAGCCCAGGACCCAAGAAAUGUGCCAGUUCCAGGAGUAGACCCAUGGAGCUGCUCUCCCUUACCUGCUUCCCAUUUUCCUUCCUUCUUUCCUUCCUUCCUUUUUUGUUUACCAUGUAACAUACCCAUGGGAUUUGUUUAUUAUUUUUCCAUAUAGAGUAGUUCUUUGUAUAUAAAUGACUGAAAAAAAGUAUGAUAAAUAAGACAGAGUCACCUAGUUUUGUACCUAUUGUGUUUAACUGAUGUGAGCUCAGUGAUAAGCCACUCUCUAUUUUGGUCUUUGUGACAUUAUACUCUGCAGAAAUGAGCAAAUAUGAUGACAAAUAAAAAAAAUAUAGAGAUAAUAUAGAUUGUA